AUGCCUGGAGACAUAUCAGCUUUGGAUGUUGCAUCUUUGUAUGGCUUCCCUGACGACAACGCGCUGACGUUCCCCAACAAUGUAGUCAAUGUGGAGCAGAUAUUACAGGAGCUCGUCAAGCGGAACGAAGCAAUCAAUGGGCCCCGCAAAAGCCGGAAGAGAAAGGCUUCGGGAGAUGACGACUCCGAGGAGUUACUAAGCGAUGAGCGAAAAGAGCAAUUCAAGGCCUACCUGCUGUCGCAAAUGCAGGAUCAGGCCAAUAGCUCCGAGUCCGGUUCUAGCGAAGAUGCAGAUUCCCCGGAGGCAGAUGAUGGUUCAGGUACUGCCGUUGUGUUAGCAGAUAGUCAUUUCCAAGUCGCCGACCCCCCGGUUCUGAAGUCUCCAGUUGACUUCAAGGCCGGUUUGCCUUUCCAGACAUAUGAUGGUUCAUCAGAAUUCACAACAUGUCUACCACAUUUCCCUCCAGAUAUCCUAGAGGAAAUCCAGAUGCCCCUGAGGGGGUUCAGUCCGACUACUAGGAUCAUUGCCCCUGCAAGACCAUCUAGUUUGAAGCAACCUGGCGAUCAUUAUCUCCUCCAAGCUUACCUAGCCGUUACGGCUCCCCGACUACAAUACACCUCGCCGUCGUAUAUAAAUCUAUGGUCAAAAUAUAUCCCUGCUAUGGCACAAGAAUCACCGGCACUCAUGGAAGCAAUGCUUGCAUUUGCAGCAUUACAGGUCGGGCUACGGGAUAACGACCAGAGAUAUCUUAUGGUUGAAGCUCCUACACACUACCACCGAGCUCUUAUGGCACAUGGCAGGGCACUUGCACAGCACGAGUCCAUGACUUCUUAUGCACCUUUAGCAACAGCUAUAUUGAUGGGCAUGUUUGAGUUAUGGUCUGGUGAGAAUAUGAAAAUGGGUGUCCACAUGUUGGGAGCGAGGGAUAUGAUUGUUGCGCGAGGAAAGGAGGCUCAUAUGACGCCAGUAGGACGAGCUUUAUAUGCAGUUUUUAGACGUCUUGAUAUUGGUACUUCGUCGGUUACAGGGAACCCCUGCUUCUUGACGCCGGACUGGUGGAUUAUUGAUCCUAUGGCUAGACUUCCAAUCGAUCACGAAGCUCCAACACUUCUCAUUGCGGAUGCUGCCCUUUCAAAGAGCACUAUAAUCAACUCGAGAUUAACCUACGUUAAAAACUGGGCUAUUCGAAAGCGAAGAGAUCUAUGGAUUCAAUCUAAAGGAAACGAUACAGACGCUGUUUUCCUCGAGAAAAAGAUUAGACUGCAAGAAAGUAUUUGUCGAAAAGUUGGUCGUCUGGAAAAGAUGAUGGACGAUUGGGAAGCCGAUCUCCCAGAACGAUUUGGACCUUCGGAGGAUAAUGUGUGGACUGGUCCUGAUGGUGAGGACGAGGAUAUCAACCGGACUGAUAUCCACGUUAUCAUCCCCAGAAAGUACCCCCACUUUUCGAUCGCCUUGGCGGAUGCCUGGCACUAUUGUUUGCGGUUGCAGACGUAUCGUGUCAAGUACCCAGACGUCCCAAUCGCCGACCCGAAAAUUGGAGGGUAUGUCCACGGAGUACUUCGCAUCUUUGCAACCUUGGGUUUUGAAUCGACAGCUUUUAUGAUGCCGAUUUUGUUCUUCGCUGGUAUGGAACUUCGUCAAAAGCCUCAUCAGGACUGGUUGGCGGCGGAAAUGCAGAAGCAUAUCGAGAAUACGGGAUUCCCUGGCUUUGUCUUCGUUUUGGCUGGUUGUCGAUUCGCUUGGAUGAAGCUUCAAGGCCAGACAGCUGGCCGAUUCACGAAAAUCAAGGAGGGAGCGGCUGCAAGAAUCGACGGUGUUUCCGAAAAUCUAUGGAAUGCAGAGGGUGUUCUCGGCACAAUGGAAGCCCUCUCCCUCUACGAUUCCCCAGAUAUGGCUCGCCAGCGCAAGAACUUCCAAGGAGACCUUGAAACUUCCACAGUCAUUGGUGAAGACCUCGAAGAGGAGGAGCCGCAUACCAAGGAACCGUCGCUGACGCCCCAGCCGAUGGGUGAAGCCGCGCAUACUCCUUCCUCCAGGAAUACAAGCGAUGCUAGCGAGCACCCGAAUAAGCGGGUGAGAUACAACAGUUUUGCUGCUGAGAGGAAUCAGAGGUACUUGAGGGAGUCGCCGGGAUUGGAGGAGACGUUGACGGAGGAACUCGAUUAA